AUGUACACGCCUGUGCUGGGAGAGGUCUUCACCCAGACCCCGGCUCCACUACGCGGACACACCACCACCGUCGACCUGGCGCCAAAACAGCGCGCCAAGCACCGCCCUCGCCGCGCCCUCGCCUGGGCGGACAUGCCGCUCGACCCGAGCCUAUUUACCAUGCCUGCGCUCACAGGCGUGGCAAAUCCUCCGUCAUUGUCUCCGGUGGCCUCCUUUGAGCUUGCUCUUCCCGCCCCAGCUCCCGAGCCGAGCGCCGCCGCCGAGCUCGCCUUUGCGCCCGGCCCGGCCUCGUUCAUCGACGCCGUCCGCACUCCGGUCGUGCCGGUUGUCCGCGCCUCGCCCUUCUUUUCCGAGGCUGGGGAAGAGGUCUUUGAUCGCGUCUACACCGACCACUUUUCGAGCCGCGCCUCUCAUCCACAUCUCGCCCUGCCCGAGGACGUCCUCGUGGCGACUGUCCUACAUCUAGUCGUCGGCGUCCCCUCGACCUGCUUUGUCUACGAUGUCACGACAGCCACCUUCAUCGGCGCCGGCGCGCUCCGCAUGCCGUUUGCCUCGACCGCUGCGUCGCAGCGCCUGCUCUCCGAGUUUCUGGCCCUGGGCACCUACUUUAAGCGGGUCGAGGAUCUCGCCGGCGCCGUCCAUCUCCGCGGCCGCAUCGCCUCGUGCUUCGGCGGUGAGCUCGCCCUUGUCCUACAAGAGUUUCGCUGGUUUGUCUUGCAAAUCGGCGAUGCUGCGCGCGCUCGCCCCGACUUGCCGCUCACUCUGAUGGAGCUGCUCCAUGUCGUCCGCGUCUGGCAAUCGCGCUUUGCCUUUCUGGCGAACGCCUGCGGCGUUGCCGAUCUCAGUCGCGGCCCGUGGGAUCUUGCGGAUGCGCUCAACAACAUGCCGUCCGGUCCUGCCCUCCUGCGUCAUCUUGACGCAGUCGCUUCGGCUCCGCACGACACGGUUCUUGCGCCGCUUGCCCGUCGCCUCCUCCAAGCCGCUGCCGUACCGGUCCUCGAUGCUCUCGCCGCCCUUGUCUUUGGUGGCAAGGUGCGGAAUCCAGACGGCGAGCUUCCUCUUUCCUCACGGCCCGGGGCCGAGGCCGGUUUCCUUGUCGCCGGCGAAGCCGCCGAGGCCUGGGAAGCGGUUGCUGCCCUCGCCCCCGAUCCGGACCUUGCCCUUCCACCUUUCUUCCAUCGGCUUCUUCCAUCAGCGCUCCUCGCGGCCCGAUCGCUGGCCUGCAUCCGCGCGCUCGAGCCGCAGCACUAUGUCUUUGAUGACACAGCUCGGUUCCCGCUUGUCUUGGCGCACGACGGCGAGUCCGAAGCCGCCUUUCGCGCUGCUGUUGCUUUCCAUAUCGAAUGCCACAGCAGUCUCGUCACGGCGCUUGCUGACCGCCUCACUCCCGACCUUGUGUCAGCCCAGGCCAGGCUUGAUGCCGCCCGUGCUGUCUUGCGCGAUGCCGCUGAGGCGCGCGCUCGUGCUGCACAGGUCGCUGCUGAUGCCAAGCGUGAGCGCAUGGGGGCCAUCCUCCGCGACCGCGCUGCUGCCCGCGAUCGUGCCGCUGCCGCCGCCGCUGAGGUUCGCGCCGCCGACGCCGCCAUGGCCGAGGCCUGGCGCCUCGAGGCUGAGCAGUACGCGCGCGCCCGCGCCGAGCUUGCCGACCACGCACGUCAAGAAAUCAAGGACUACUACGCCGCCCGCGAAGCUGCUCUUGAGGCCAAGAUUGCUCGUGCCGAGUGGCGUGCCCUUCGUCUCACUCGCCGUGCCGCACUGGAAGCCUCCCUUGCCGCCGCCGCUGCUGCCGCUGCCGCCACUGGCGACAACAACGACAACUCGCCCGUUUCCCCUCUGAUCGUUGUGCCGGCUCCCACGGUCCACUACGGCCGUUUCUCUUCUACCUCGCCACUCGCCCUGUCUCCCUCCUCCUCGCCGACCUCCUCGCCGUCGCCGUCGCCAUCCCCGCCGCCAUCGUCAUCCCCGCCGCCAUCCUCGUCAGCGGUUCCUGCCCUCUCGGUUCCUAACGACGUCGACGCCACCUCCAGCUCCAACCCGGUUCCGGCACUCACCAUUGCCGCCGAUCCGACACCGCCUCCAUCCACCACCCCCAUCCCGUCACCCACCCCGUCACCCACCUCGUCACCCACUCCCUCGCCAACCUCGCCCAAUCCUCCCGCUCCUACCACUCCUGCCACCGUCGACAACGAUGUCGUCGCCACUACCACGCUCGCCGCUCGCCUCUCGACCCAAGUCCGCCUCGUCAACCGCGCUGUCCUCUACCUUUUUAUGUACCCGCUGCAUCUCGAGCAGCAUCUGCGGGCACUGCGCGACUUUCUGCUGAUGGGCGCCGGCGACUUUGCCCACUCGCUCUCGACCCUGCUGUUUGAGCGCCUCGAAGAAGUCACCCGUCCGCGUCCCACCGACCUUGAGUUGGGCCUCAUUCUGGACGCUGCCUUUGCUGUCCAUGCCCCGAACGAGACCGCUGAUCCACCGCCGCUCUCGCUGGCAUGGGCCGAGACCGACGGCGACGCCCGCUCCGGCUGGUCGCCGUACGUCCCCGGUGCCUUUGACAAUCUCUGCCUCGGCUAUACCGUUCCGCCGCCGCUCGACAUCGUCGUCGACCCGCCGGCGCUUGCCUCCUACCAAGCUGUCCACGUGCUUUUUCUCCGCAUCCAGCGCUGCUCGGCAGUGCUCACCGACUUGUGGUCGGUCCUGCAAGCCCCGCGCCUCCGCAACGUCCGCAACACCUCGGUCCAUGCCCUCCAUCUCCGCAAGCUUCAGCGAGUCCGUGCGCAGAUGCAGCACUUUGUCUCGAUUAUGCAGGGCUAUCUCGCUUCGCAGGUUCUCGACGCUGCUUGGACCGACUUUACAUCGGCUCUCCGCGCCCGGGUCGGCUGUCUUGACUCACUCCGUGCCGAGCACGCCGCCUUUCUCGCCGCCGUCCACGCAAAGUGCCUCCUCACUCCCGCCGCCCGUUCCGUCAUGAAUGUCAUCGACGGCAUGCUCGCCACCAUCCUCAAGUUCUACGAGCUCAUCGUCUCACAGACUGCCCUCGACUCACUCACCCACGCCAACAUGGCCCGCUUCGAGUCGGUCGCAGACUCGUUUGCCCGCUACGCUGUCUUUCUCUUCAAGCUCCUCUCCAAGCUUGUCCUUCGCGGCCACGCCACUCAUCUCGACGACCUCCUCAUCCGCCUCGACUUUAAUGGUUUCUUCUCUUCGCUCGACGUCGAGAACCAGCUGUAA